UUUUUGUGUUUAAUUAUCAUUCAGCUCGCAGAAAUCAAAAUUUCCAGUGAACGGAGAAAGCGUGAGUCAACCGCUAUAGUGCCAUUCGACUUCACCGCUUAUUUUGCCUUGGUCAAUUGGGAACAAAAACGAAAAAACGAAACAACGAAACACAGCGAGUCACAUCUGCGACGAGUGUCAUUCGUACGCAGAAAACUGUGAAUCGAGUAAAUCGGUUCGUGAGACUUUUGAAAAGUAGUUAAGACGGUAAAGUAAAGUUAAAGGCGGUAUUGGUAAAAGGUAUUGAACAUUAAAAGCGAAUUGGAAAAGCUUGUAGGCGAAAAAAGUGUAUGUGUGAAAAAAUUCGCCGAAUUGGUAAAAUUCCGGCUGUCAAAAAUAAAAGAGACUGGAAGGCCAUCUUGCUUGCGCACAUAAUUUCUCGAUUGGUAGUUGAAGUUCCGCCAAAAGGAGUACUAUCUGUGCUAGUCACACUACAGUUGGCCACGUAAGGGACAGAUAUUGAGUAGCUGCACCGCAUAAUCGACUUUGUAGCAGACGAGGACCGAAGCUAAUCGAAACUGGUGCGUUUCGUCUUCGUGGUUGUUCGGUCUUAUUGGUCGUGGUUGUUCGUGAAGACAAAAAUUCAGUGCGAUUGCUGCGAGAAUUGAAUUCGUCGUACUCGUGGGCUUUAAACGGCAAAGAAGGAAAAAUUUUCUUUUUUUAAUAGAAAUUUAAUUUUGUGCACUGCGGUCCACACACAUUAAAAUCAAAUUUGAACAAAAUGGCGUUAAAAAGAAUUAAUAAGGAAUUACAAGAUCUGGGCAGAGAUCCACCUGCACAAUGUUCAGCUGGACCAGUUGGCGAUGAUUUAUUUCACUGGCAAGCAACAAUAAUGGGACCGCCUGACAGCCCGUACCAAGGUGGCGUGUUUUUCUUAACAAUUCAUUUUCCAACAGAUUAUCCCUUCAAACCGCCUAAAGUGGCUUUUACAACGCGUAUAUACCAUCCAAACAUUAACAGUAACGGAUCGAUUUGUCUCGACAUUUUAAGAUCUCAAUGGUCGCCAGCAUUAACUAUUUCAAAAGUUUUACUAUCAAUUUGCUCUCUUCUCUGUGAUCCCAAUCCAGACGAUCCUCUUGUACCAGAGAUUGCAAGAAUAUAUAAAACCGAUCGGGAAAAAUAUAAUGAAUUGGCACGGGAGUGGACUAGAAAGUAUGCUAUGUGAUGCGUUCCAGUUUGUACUAUCGAUCCGUCAACUAGUAACAGCAACAACAGCAACCAGAAUGGCACCAGAAAUAAGGAUUGCUAUAACAUCAUCAACAACAACAUAAAAAACACAAUGAAAACAACAGCAACAAAAAUAGCAUAGCGCUCUAAUAAAGCAAGGGGUUAAAUAUAGCAGAAACAACAACAACAGCAACCAACCACAAUGUGAAAAAUUUUUCUUCAGCAAAAAAAUAUGAAAAAUAUAUUUAAAAAAAAAAAAACAAUAAAACUGCAUUAAUUCAAAGUAAGCAAGAAUUAUGCGCAAACAAGAAAAACACAGAGAGCAAAAAAAAUCUGCAGAUAAAUAAAGAAAAGGAAUAAAAUUACAAAUUGAUUCAUAAAAUACAACAACAAAACACAUAAA